UACAAUUUGUUAUUCGGCCGCUUUAUAUAUUAAAUAUUUCCUGUGUUUUUAAAUUACAUAAAUGCGGGAAAAUAAAACUCUAAGAAAAUAACGAAAAAGCUCACGAUGCAGAGAUUACGACAUAUAUCUGGGCAAUUUAAAAACCAAUUAAUUAAUCAAAUUCCGAAAAAUCUUAGUCAAGGUCAUGAACAAACUAUCGCAGUAAAUUUUACACAUGGAAGCCGCUCAAUAAGUAGCAUCAACUACAACAAUAUGGGUAAAAGCAAACCAACAACUGCAGAGGAUUUUGAGUUGCUCUAUGCUUUGACCAGAGAGAAGUUCCUAUCUAAAAAGCUGCCAAAGGACGUUAAUGCACGCGGUGUGUUUGCCUGCAAUGAAUUAGACCUGAGUGAAGUAAAUGUAUAUGGCUUUGACUAUGACUAUACACUGGCGUGCUACAAACCCUGUCUACAUGAUUUGCUCUAUAAUUUAGGACGUGAUAUGUUAAUAAAUAAGUUUAAGUACCCUCAGCCGAUUUCAAAAUUGGAAUAUAUACCUGGGUUUGCUGUACGAGGACUGCAUUAUGACAUUGAAAAAGGAUUGCUUCUUAAAUUAGAUUCCUUUUUACAAAUACAAUUGGGUUCGGUGUAUAGAGGACGGACAAAAGUUCCGGAUCAAGAGGUAUUGAAAUUGUACAAAAACCGCAUUUUACCAAUCGCAUACGUUGAGGGAAGCUCAAAAAACUAUCAGCCAAAUGUUAAAUCAAAGAUGGUGCAGUUGGCUGAUUUAUUCUCGGUACCUGAAAUGUGUCUGCUGUGUAAUGUUGCCGAAUAUUUUGAGAAGAAUCAUAUUGAUUAUCAUCCAGAAAUACUAUUUCACGACAUUAAGGCCGCCGUGCAGGCAUGCCAUCCGAUAAUGCAUCAAAUUGUUAUGAAAAACGCCGAGGAGUACAUUGAGAAAAACGAAAAUCUACCAAAAUACUUUGAAAAGUUACAGAAAGCGGAUAAAAAGCUCUUUUUAGUAACCAAUAGUCCAUAUUCUUUUGUAAAUCGUGGCAUGAACUUAUUGGCUGGCAAAGACUGGCGCGAAUAUUUUGAUGUCAUAAUUGUACAAGCUCGUAAGCCAAAAUUCUUUACAGAUGAAUCUCGUCCUAUUCGUUUAUAUGAAGAAAGCAAUGACAGCCAUGUAUGGGAUAGAGUAUCAAAGCUUGAAAAAGGACAAAUUUAUUAUGAGGGCACUGUCAAACAGUUGCAAGAUUUAACAGGCUGGCAUGGUCAUAGUGUCUUGUAUUUUGGGGAUCAUCCAUAUAGCGACUUGGCUGAUGUUACGUUAGAACAUGGUUGGCGAACAGGUGCAAUUAUUAGUGAAUUAUCGCAUGAAAUAAAAACUUUAAAUGCCAAGGAAUUCAAAUCAACGGCCAAUUGGUUGCAAAUGCUAACACAAUUAAUUGAAGAAAACCAGGAUAAUGAAUCAGAAUCCGGAAAAAAAUGUAUCAUUAAAUGGACGCAAGAAAGAGAUCAAUUAAGAAAUCAAACAAAAACUGUAUUUAAUGAACAGUUUGGAAGUGUCUUUAGAACCUAUCACAACCCUACCUAUUUUUCCCGUCGUCUUUUCCGAUUUGCUGACAUUUACAUGAGUGAUAUAACGAAUUUACUGAAUUUUUCAAUUUCUCAUACAUUUUAUCCCCGAAGAGGUGUAAUGCCGCACGAAUAUAUGUCUUAUUUUAUGUAAGGACACCAUCAUUUAUAAAAGGCAACUUAAAGGCUAUGAAAGCAGAAAAGGACAUGGAGUUCGAAUACAACAAUAUCCAAUGUGUUAAUACAAUUUUGAUAAACUAGUGUCGUUAUUAUUAUGUUUAUAUUAGUGAAAAGAUUUGUAUUUUAAAAAUCAUUGUUAAUAAUUAAGAAAUACUGUUUUUAAAUUAAAAUUAUUUAUUUUUAACUGUUUAGACAAUUUUAUUAUAAUAACGAAACUAAUUAAGUUGCACACCAAGAUUUUAAACUAAAUUAAAAAUAUUUCAAUUUAAUUAUUUAUUUAAAUUCAAGUAAUAUAAAAAAGCCUCAAUAGGCCAAUGAAUAUAUAUUACAAAAGAAAAAUUACUGAAUAUGUACAUAUGUAUGUAUGAAAAUAAAAUAUAUAAAAGCAAAAUUACAAAUAUAAUAA